AUGGCUGCCUCGAGAAGAAAUUUAUGUCGACGGAAAUACGAUGAACUAUCAGACCAGUUUUUCGCUGAAAUCGACGAAACAUGCCAAAAGCAUCGAUAUACGAAGGACGACGUUGAUCGUUCGAUGAAGAGACUUCUGAAAAUCGCUGAGUUCCGGGAUCCCACGCCGAACGAUGUGAGCAUGAGCACCUCGCUAGGGAACAUCACUAAAGAGCACCUUGAAAACUUUUUCGUGGUCUUUCGCGACCUCGUCGAUCGACCAGUUGAAGACGUAGCUAUUAAUGGAGAGACGGACACAAUGAGCCAGCCUUCCUCUGAUUCUGAUUCUGAUAGCCUCAAAAUUGAAGACGUUCUCCCUUCACCUUCAGAGUCAUCGGAUUCGGAGAAUUCAUGUGUUAAUCUUGAUGACGUUUCAUCCGAUACAGAAGAGGAACAGUUUGAAGUCGAGCGUAUCAUUUCUCGAACGGUAAGCUGUUUCACUUUUCGGGUUUAUUUUCUUAUAUACGGUAUUCGCUUGUAUCUUGUACCAAUGCCUUCACUUGUCGGUGAUGGUGUUGGUGAUGAUCUUUCAUUUGUCAAUGCAGAAGGAAAAUUUGUCUAUCAUAUCAAAUGGAAAGGAUACGAGACAUCGUCAGAUCCCGAAAACUUUGUUGAUGAGGAGAACAUGCACUGCCCAGAAUUAAUAGAGGAAUUCGAACGUCUAGAGAAAUUAAAGAAGAAGCAACGCGCAAAGAGGCUGGAAGAACAAGCAAUCAUUGCUAGAAAACGAAAAUUGGAAGCAGAACGGAGAGCAAAAGCAGCGCCCUCACCGGAGCUUCCUAACAUCAAGCACCGAUCUCGCUCACCACCUGCUAUGAAGAAUGCUGUUCCGCCUCGAAGUCCUAAUCGACAACGCAAGAAGAAGAAGCACAAAGCCAGCUCCAGCUUGAAAAAGCGUAUUAAUUGGACGUCAACCUCCAGCGAAGAUGAUGAAGUAGGAACAAAUGGAGAGAGGGAACAAUUUGUUAAUGACUCUUCCAACGAAAACAUUAAGGAAGAAAGUAAUGAAACAAGUGAUACCAUUGACCCCGAACUUGCCUUUAAGUACAUCAUGCGAGAAACAGAUGGUUUUCGAAAAGGAUACAAAGCAGUGAAGGUAAGUGUUGUCUGUGAGCACCCUAUCACCAAAAAGCUUGUGGCUGUUGUGGUAUUUACCGACCCUUCGGAUGAUCACCAAUUUGCUCAGUAUAUCCCUUUUCGUGAAGCUGUUUUAAACGCUCCACAGGAGCUUCGGGAUUACUUCACGGCCGCUGAUAACGCUGAUCCUAAAAAUUUAGCACUGUCGCUGGUGCUUCAGUAUCCCAACAAACCUCCCUAA